CAAUGCGUCGUCGUUCGACUCCUUUGCGGUGCCUUCCUUACCUUCUGGUAGCCCUACUCGUUCUGACUUCUAUCGCGUUGGCGUUAGUUGAUGAUACCAACACACAAAGAGAUUCGGUCGAGUCCAAACAACGCGUCAGUGAGAAAAAAGUGGACCACGCUCCAGUUUGUGACACCAAACAGCCAGUGCCCGACGAAUGCGGCCUUGUAUUGGCCCCAUCCUCCUUACCGAACGCAGGAUGGGGGAUUUUCUCUCUUCGUGAUCGCAUUCGGGGGACGCCGCUGCUUGCUGGAGACGUCGUUAUUCAGCUCACGGACCCGAAUGUCACACACGCCCAAAACAUUCACCGAAUGCUCCACGACUAUUUGUGGUCAGCCGAGGAGACGGGCGGAUUUUAUGAAGGCCGCGUCGUUGUUUCGUUACUACCUGGACCUGGAAUGCUCGCGAACGGACUUGAUGGGAACCGGCACAAUGUAAUACCCUUUGUUCCAGCCGUUGAUGAGGGUGGAUGCACGCGCUUGGAUUCCCCCGGAGCCGGAGCCUUUACGCACUAUCACAACUACACUUUCUUUGUCCAGAAGCCUAUUGCUGCAGGAAACGAAGUUUUUAUCGAUUACAGUGCCGAUUGGCUAAAGGAGCGCAAACAGAAUUUUGUCCAGCCGGAAACAACUGUCGAUUUGCGCCGCGACCUGGAUUGGCUACGCGACCACGGGAAAUGUCUCGAUAAUCUCAAGGGGGGACGCUCCCCAAUUCCGCACGCAGGGAGGGGAGCAUUUGCAGCUCGUCCACUGACAAAGGGAAGUAUCGUGGCACCGGUACCGGUCCUACCUAUUGCUAAGCGUGAAGCAAUGGACAUGACGAGCACCAAAACAUACAACAACGUCAUCGCCAAAAAACAACUACUUCUCAAUUACUGCUUAGGACACCCAAAGUCAUCUCUUUUGUUUUUGCCAUACGGUCCAAUGGUAAACCUUGUCAAUCACGGGGGAAAGAAGGCCAAUGUUAAACUGCAAUGGUCGUCGUCACAGUUGCUAAUCAACAGCAAAAACCAAAGCGAAAUGACCUUGGAAGACGUUUGGGCGAUGGAACAGUCAGGUUUAUUGCUUGAACUCAUCGCAAUUCGUGACAUUGCGUCAGACGAAGAAGUGUUGAUGGAUUACGGAGAUGCUUGGGCGGAGGCGUGGGCAGAGCAUUUGCUUUCGUGGAAGCCAUUACCGGGUUCCGAGACCUACGCACCGUCUUACGUUCAAGACGACGCAAUCAAAAGCUUGCGUCUGGAUUCGGAGCUGAAGUUACACCCGUACCCAAACAAUGUACUGACAUCCUGCCUCUAUCGCUAUACUGGCAACGUCGGGAAAUUGGAGGCGCCCACAGCAACCAGUAAAACCGACGUCGUAGCAACGGUACAGUGGAACAUGACUAAAGGAUUAUUCCAGCCGAUUAACUUGAGGCCGUGCAGAGUAUUAGAGCGUCGCCACGACAAGAGAAAAGGAACUCUUUUUACAGUACAAAUUCACAAUCGGUUUGGGCUACCAGAAUCGCAGCGCAUACCAAAGGGUAUCGUGCAUGUAGUGACGGAUUUGCCUCGCAGGGCAAUUCGGUUUUCGGACAAGAUAUUUACGACGGACCAGCAUCUAGAAAAUGCCUUUCGACACGAAAUUGGAAUUCCCGAAGAAAUCUUCCCACUCAAGUGGAUGGACUUUGCAAAGGAGGAUAAAAGCGUCCUUCCCGAGUUUUGAAAAGGUGUAGGUGGUUAAGGCGCCGUAUGUAUGAAUGGCACUACAGGGAU